CGUGUUUCCGAGUCGAGUGCGACGAAAUAUGUCAGAGGCUCCAGAAGCAUGAGCGAGGGAGCGGACUCGGUUGCGCAAACCUGCGGGGAUUCGCUCACGACCUUGGCAGACGAAGGCGAACGGGAUGCAACGACGAGCGCGACGACGACGCAGCCGUCGCAGCCGCAGCCGCGGCCGCGACCAACAACGGCGACGUACACCGGUAGAAGACCGCGCUGUGGCACUGGUGGUCCACCGCCAUCGCCCUACAUGUGGAUCGACGGCCAGCAGCUGCGGAGCGCCUUGGUCUGGGUCAAGAAACCGUCCGAAGGAAGCGAUCCGCCUCGACGAGUCAACUUCCCCUUGAGCGACAAUCACCUGGUGACGGGCUAUUUGGAGCCUGCUAAUCCUUGGCGACACGCUGAAAAUGUGAGUCGCGAGAAUUUAAUAUUCGCAUACAAGGAGUCCUGCGCACGUCACAACACCGAACCCUUGCAAAAUGUUUUAGCACAGCUCGAGAAUCUGGAUAUAUCUCACGAUCGUUGUGAAGAGCUGAACUUGGAAGGGGAAACCUUGGAUCAGGAUCAUUGUGAGCCAUUGGAGGAGAUACUGAAGAGAGUACAAUUUAACAGAAUUAAUGUAGAAGGGACAUCUUUAAGCGACGAGAGCUCCAUAAUAUUAUUUGAUAUGCUGGAAUAUUAUGAAUCUGCAAAACACUUAAAUAUCUCGUCUAAUCCAAACAUCGGGCCACGCGGCUGGCAAGCGUGUUCGUAUAUGAUUAAGAAGACUCAGUGUUUAGAACAGCUCGAAGCGAGGGAUAUAACGCUUAACGAACAAUACAUGAACAUUUUGAACCGUGCAUUGCGAUUAGUCUGUCAUCUGCAUGUCCUUAAAUUGGAAAAUUGUGAACUGUCGGGCAGAGCAAUCGUCAUACUUGUUACAGCUCUAAAAAUGAAUAGCGGUAUACGGGAACUAUAUUUAGCCGAUAAUGGGCUCGACUUAUAUGACGCUAUACAACUUGGAUCUCUCUUAAGAAUGAACAAUCACCUGCAACUGCUCGAUAUCAGUAAUAAUAACGUCCAAGACGACGGUGUACGGGAUAUAUUGGAGGGUCUGAUUAAUCAAGUAAACGAGGACAAAACCGGCAAGGGACUUAGUAUUCUGAUACUCUGGAAUAAUCGUUUAACCAAGAAAUCGUCACCUUACUUUUCAAGAAUUAUAGCAUUAUCGAAAACAUUGGAGACUCUGAAUAUUGGUCAAAACAUGCUGACGGACGAGGUAUUGAGCAUCAUUAACGAAUCGUUGAAGAAUAACCGUGUCCUCCUGCAAUUGGGCAUGCAAUCGACGGAACUCACGUGCGAUGGAAUAAUCACGCUCGCUGAAAUAAUGGAGACGAAUCAAGUCUUGCAGAGAAUAGAUUUACGGGACAACAGCAUACGGAUGCGCGGGAUGCAAGCUCUGGUUAAUGUGAUGAAAAGGAAUAAGAGCAUCACGCAGAUCGAUCUGGAUGACAAACCACGGAUAAGAAUAGACUGCGCCUUGCAUCAGUACAUAGACCUGGUGGCGGAGAUACGCAAGUGCUGCGGUCAAAACGUGGAGCACCGCCUGCUGGAAGGGUCCACCGAGGAUGCCGAGAGCCUGCCGCACCCGAGCCGGCUGCUGAACGCGAGCUCCCGUAAGAUCUCGCUUACCUGUCAGACACUGCCAUGCCCAUCGCGACCGGCGGCGUCGUUGGUCGCUGCCGAUGAAACGGUGACACGCAGCAUGCUGGAGCCGAAGCGCACUAGCGGAGGUCGCCUGCGUUCCCCGGCCCCCAGUCCCAUCCCCUCCCCCAUAGCCAGUCCGAUCCCCAGUCCGUCCCGUAAUCGCUUCGUCGUAUGUCGGGUGCCAGAGGCGUCGCUGUGCUCCACCGACUCCUCGACGUCUUCCUCGCCGGUCACCCCACCGUCGCUCGGCUCCUCUCCCACGUGUUUCUUCACCGGCGGGAGCUCUGGCUCAUCGCGGUUCCGCGUGUCGGUAGUCGAGCCGGUGAGCGCCGGUCACUCGUCGUCGCCCAGGUCGGUCGUCACCUCUGCCAGCGGCAACGUCACGAUCGGCUUUAACUUCAAGGUGUCGGCCGACUCCGGCGAUUCCGACGUCGCGUCUAAAAGCGACGUAAAGACGCAGGACGUCGACGGGAAUAACACGUCCGUAGGUACACUUAAUAACGUAGUCUCAGUGGCGAAAGAGACAUCCGCGUCUUGUGAGAGCAUUGCCAAGCAUGAGGAACGUCGCUAUGCGGAGAAGAACUAUGUGGAGAUGGCGGUCGAAUUGCGCGAACGCGUCGCUGAGACACACUCUAGAGCGGACGAGAAUGUUACGUCGUAUGAGCAUAGACGAAACGAUAAGGCGGCGAAGUUCGUAGAAGAAGCGCAAUUAAUGCGGGGCAACGUUGAGAUGGAGUCCGGGAGAGCGUCCGAAGGCGUCACUGCGACACGCGAAGAUUCUCGCAACGAGAUGGCGAGUCGGGGCGACGUUGGAAUGGAUCUCAAAGUCGUCACGACGGUCUCCGGAGAGAUUAUCGAGACUACCGGAGACCGUCGUAUCAUGUAUACGAGUACAAAAGAGCUACAGGUACCUGCAUAUCCGAGCGAAGAUACUGCUUCGGCGAGGAUUAGCGUAGACGAGGAUAGUAGAGUCUUGAGUAGCGCGACGAACUUGUCCGUGGGUGACACUGCGACGGGGUCGCUAGCGAAGCCGGCUUCGGAAGCGUUCUCUGGCGGGACUUUGGAAUCUUCCGAGAAUGUCACCUCGGGAACGCCCCCCUCGAUUUGCACGACCGACUCGCAACCGCAGGAACGGGCGAGUACGUCGGUGCAGAAACACAAGUCCAGCUUGGAGAAGCUUUUGUCGUUGUUCCAGUAUCCCAGUAGCCUCUUCUCGGACUCGUCGAGUGCUGCUGUGGACACGAGGACCUCCUUACAGGAGAACGUAAGCGGUGUGAUGGCGUUGGGCGACAAAUUGCAGCAGUACCUGAAAGAAGGCCGAGCCAAAGUUAGUACAGAUAGCUCGUCGUGGUCCUCGGAGCACGGGUCUCCGUCGAGGAAUAGAUCAGUAAGAUUAAAUGUACCGCAGCUGCAGAGUCUGACCGGCAUAUUCACGUCUUUCAAGCUAGACUCUCACGCGAGCCUCGUCGAGCACAGCGCGAGGUUCUUCGGUCAGGCGAAGAGUCAAGCCGCGAAUAUUAACGAAAGGGACGCAGAGAAAGCGGCGGAAGUCGAGGUCGUGGGGAACGAUGAGAAGAAUUUUAUUAGCCAGGAGAAGAAUCAGGCUGCUAGGAAGGAUGAGAGAAAUUUCGUCGUGCAAGAAAGUGGUGAAAUUACGAGAAACGACGAGAAUACCUUCUCCGAUGGGGAUAAGAAUCAUGCUGUGAGAAACGACGAGAAGAGUUACGAGCCGGGCCCACGAACGUCGUUCAGUAACGAGAAGGACUCGAUGGAUCAGGAGAAGAAUCAGGUUGCGAGGGAAGACGAGCAGGACUUGUUUAGUUUGAACGGGAGUCAGGUUACGAGAAACGAUGAAAGUAAUUCGGCCGAUCAAGAGAGGAAUCAAAUUACGAGGAAUGCCGAGAGUAAUUUAUUCGAUCAGGAGCGGAAUCGGAUUACGAGGGACGACGAUGUGGAUUUAUUUGGUCAGGAGAAGAGUCAAGUUGCGAGGGACGACCAGCAGAAGCCACUCGAUCGGGUUACGAGAGACGACGGGGAGAAUGCGGUAAAUCUGGAGAAGAACGCAGUCUCAGGUGACGAGAAUAAUUCGUUCGAUCAGGUGAAAGAUCAGGUUUCGCGAGCCGAUAAAAAGGGCUCGGUAGAGCCGCAGGAAAACCGGGCUGUUGGCAACGUAGAAGAGGACUCCAAACUACAAGAGAAGAAUCAGAUUGUUCAAUACGGUGGGGACAAGGUCGCGAGUAACGAUGAGCGCAACUUGAAAGAUCGCGAAGAGCUGACUGUGAGUAAGAACGAGGAACCGACUGAUCGGGAGAGACACGAAGUUGCGAGUAGCGAUGAUGGAGAUUCCACGGAGCCGCGAGCUGCCCGUGUGAACGACCAGGAGGACUCGUGCAGCAUGCGUGAACUACAAUGGGCCGAAUUCGACCGGGAUGAUCGACCGUUACCUGAAAGCGUGCAAUCAAAGGACGAUUUUGCCGACAAAGAUUUAGUAUUAGAGAGCGGGUGUGUCGCGACGACAAGUACGACAGCAUCGUCGUCCCCGAUGUCGUCAUUGUCAUCGUCAUCGUUAUUCUCAUCGUUGCCGGCGUCGGCGAGCAAAUUCACCGCGUGCGUAGCUAUAAAGUUAACGGACAUACCUGAAUACUCUGUUUUAGAAUUAAGUGAGGCCGACGGUGUGAGGAGCGACGGUGCGAAGCGUUUCGAACGUGACGACGACGAAGGUCGACGAGAGCUCGACGACGACACGCAGGAUUUAGAGUGCGUAGAGCGUGACGAUGCCGAGGAGCGUCCUGAUUCGGCAUGUGUGGACUCUCAGCGAGAUAUAGAGCGCGACGGAGAAGCGGCUCCCGAGAGUAACGACGUAAAGUGCUUAGUACGUGACGGCGACGCGGCUGAAGGAGCGUGCGCCGCGACGGAACCGAGGACAUGUGAUACAACCACGACGGACAGUAUUAAUCAGACUAGUGAUAGUAGUUUUCCGAUCUGUAACAUAGCGCGCGAUAGGAAAGUCGUAGAUAGCUUAAAAGCCGCGAGCGCACUGAAGACGAGCGCCGCAGCGGACGACGACGUCGGCGGGACGACGUCCACACCGAGAGGCGACAAUGACAACGGCACGACCUCGUCGACGUCGUUGAGAGACGUCGACGCGAGCGAUUUCGACUUAAACGAUCAAGUUACCAGUGGCACGCGUCUUGUCGCCGAUGAAGAUCAUCGGUGCGAUUUCACGGGUAAAGAAGAGGAGGAGAACGAGCAGGAGCAACAGCAGGAUCCCGCGGAGCUCCUCAAUGAUGCUUGCCGUGACUCCGCUCAUUGCAGAAGUACAAGUGUAAAUAUUAAAGUAGAGCCGUGUGUGUCGGCGGCGACGACGACGACGACGACGACGACGACGACGACGACGAUGAUAACGUCGUCGUUGCCGUCAACGAGUCCCAUUGCGGUGAGCCAGCAGAUGCCGGAGGCGCCUUCGUCGGAGAGGCUCCGCGAGCGACAGUUGUCCAUGCCAAAUAACGUCGACGUACAUCGAAGUAUCCUUAAGAACGUGGUCGAAGCAGAUAAUUCAUCAGAGAGCGCUGUGGACGAGAGCGACGCCGACCGACAACGGAAUGACCCGACCAUUCUCGUUACACCGUACGAGGAUGCGUCCGCGAACCUGGACAAGUCCGAUGCGGACGAGCUAAUCUUCUGUAUGACCGACAUCUCCACUGACGGCACGUCCGUGGAGGACGAGUUGUCGCCGGGCGUGGUGUCCAGGUGUUCUCCGAACGACGUCGCCAAGGUGACCGACUUGUACUUUGAGCUGCCAAUAGCUACGACCACGACCACGUUGCUGAUCGGGCAUCCCGAGGGCGUGCAUAGGAACAGCCAGGACUCGGGCAUCGACGAGACUGCUAUGACGAUCGACGAGUCCGUCGCGAUGGACGCUCAUCCGCUGCCGGUGACGCGCGGCAGUCUUCAAGAGAGUGUGGACUCUGGGAUCGAGUCGGAGUGCUCGUCGAUAUGCAUCAGAGUGGACUCCGCUGCCGAGCGGACGCUGGAGGUGGUGACCUCCAAGAGACCAUCACGCAACGAUAAUGGUGGCCGUGAGCGAGAGGACGGCGGUAUGGGCGACGACGAGGACGACGACGGCGGCGGCGGCGGCGGCGGCGGUGGCGGUGGUGGCGGUGGCGACGGCGACGGCGACGGCGGUGGCGAUGACGAGGAGGACGGUGACGACGGGGAUGUCAACUUCGGAGAGUUCGCAUCGGAUUUCCUUGCGAAGGAGGCGCGACUAGUAGAUAACGAUAGCGUGAGCGGCAUCGCGUGCUCGUACCUCAACAGCAUCAAGUGCGCAGUCGUCAGCGCGACGCGGCCCGUCGCCGGGAUGGCGAGCAGCGGUGUACUAGGAGUCGUAGUCGCCGACGAUGGCGUCGCCCGGCCGUCGGCAGCCCCGGUGAUCGCGCACUCGCCCGCAGCUGUGCACGGCACCAGCCCGAAAUAAUGCUGCGGAGAAGGAAGAGGAGAAUAGAAGCGAGAAAGGGAACGAGAUCGACAACGUGAUCGAGUACGACGACGAGGAUGAUGACGAAAUCGAUGAAUUCGAAGAAGUCAUGAAGCAGCUCGAGCCA